AUGACCCAAGCGCCUUUCGGUAUAGCGAAAUACGCCUCGAUGAUUGCCUUGGUGAUGAGCACGGGUUCUAUAAGAUUCGCCUACGAACAGGGUGUUGAACCUAUACUCCGUGCUAAACUUGAGGGAGAUUUCCGCGGUAGUUACGCAGACAGAGAUGUUAAUCUACGUCAACGUAUCUCCAACCAGGGUGGUGAGCUUCGGUACUCCUAA